CUAUGAGCUUUGUUUUGAAUAAACGUCUUCUCGUCAGCUGAUUGAAAACAGGAUGGCGGAAGAGCAGGACGCCGGUGUUUCUUCUCGGGCUCAGAGGAAAGCUUUGAGUAAGGCUAAAAUACUACAGCGGGAGAGCGAGAGGGAGGUCUUCAGACUGGUCGGGCGGGUCCUGAAAAAACCGGAGUCUCAGCGGUCAGAGGAGGAGGCCGCUGCUCUGCUGCUGCACAGAGACACUGUGGAGGAGCUCUGCAAGAGACAAGUCCGCAGAAAUGUGCUCAAGAGGAAGCAGGAAGAGGUAUUUGAUGGUGUUGAUGAGCUGAAAAAUAAAGUCAGGCAGCUCGCUGUGGCAGUCAAACAAGCCAGUUACCUGGUGGUUUACACCGGAGCCGGUAUCAGCACGGCAGCUUCUAUCCCUGACUACAGGGGCCCUAACGGGGUAUGGACGCAGCUACAGAAGGGUCGGGCCAUUAGCUCGUCAGACCUGAGUAAAGCGGAGCCGACGCUCACGCACAUGUGCAUUAAGAUGCUUCAUAAGGAAAAGCUGGUUAAGCACGUUGUGUCUCAGAACUGCGAUGGACUCCACCUGCGUAGCGGUCUGCCCAGACACGCCCUCUCUGAACUUCAUGGAAACAUGUUUAUUGAGGUGUGCACGUCCUGCUCCCCGGUCAGGGAGUACGUGCGUUUAUUUGAUGUGACCGAGCGGACGUCGCUACACCGCCAUGGGACGGGACGGAAGUGCAGCCACUGUGGCGGCGAACUGAGAGACACCAUAGUGCACUUCGGGGAACGUGGGACCCUCGAGCAGCCCCUCAACUGGAGGGGAGCAACAGAAGCUGCCAAGAUGGCGGAUGUUAUACUCUGUUUAGGCUCCAGUCUGAAGGUGCUGAAGAAAUACACUUCUUUGUGGUGCAUGAACAGACCAGCAAGCAAAAGGCCCAAACUCUACAUUGUCAACCUUCAGUGGACACCAAAAGAUGAUCUGGCUGUGCUGAAAAUUCACGGCAAGUGUGACGAUGUCAUGAGACUCCUCAUGGAGGAGCUGAACCUUCAGAUUCCUGCAUAUAACAGGGCAGACGAUCCCAUCUUCACUCUGGCUACACCUCUGCAGCUUGAAGAGGUGCAAAGCCACUCUCGUGAGGUCAUAGCGCCCCCCAAUGAUCAAAAUGACGGCUCAGAUGACCCCGAGGAGCAGAAACCCACAUCUGUGCAGGGCGGCUGGUUCGGACGAGGGUACGGCAAAGGAAGGCAGAAGAAGAAAAAAGUUGCGUGACUGACAGGACAUUGUGGACUUUUUGGUCACUGCCAGCAAUUUAUCCCAUCAAGAGAUUCAAGUUUCAGUCCUGUGAUGAUGGAAAGUUGGACUUGAAGCUUCUGGGGUGCUGUUUUGUAGGAUUGUGUAUUUGCCAUUAGGAAAAUGGCACAUUGCACUGAACUGUCGUGUUGUACAGCGUACACUUUAGAGUGAUACCUGGGUUCAGAGCAGGGUUUUGUUAAGCAGCUGCAGUUUAUGUUUCUGUGUUCAUGGCAGCUAAGCCAGCUGGGUUAGACAGAGCCAAAUUUUAACUCAGUGUGGCUAGGAUGUUUUUUUUUUCUUUUCUUUUGUUUUUGGUUUGGUUUGGUUUUUUGUGAAUGGAUCACUUUGACACCAUUUCAGGUGUUUUUACCAGACUGGUAACAGGUGCUUCUUGGAGCCUGACUGAUAUCACCAAUAUCAGCAUCUGCAUUUGCCACAAACACAGCCAGCUGAUCUAAGUAAAGGUGGGGGUUAAACAAGUAAUUCAUGGCUUACUGGAACAAAACAGAAUUAUUGUUAAAUAUUAUCCUAGUAAGACUUAAUAAAGAAUGACAAAUGUUAGAAAAGUCUUUGUUUUUAUGUGUCUGAAAGGGGAAAUAAUAUCACCAAAUAUUGGUGUAGCUCGUAUUCCUGUAUCGGUUGGGCUCUACAGUGUCUAAUUUACGCUCUGCUGGUGUAGUAUGAGCAUGAUGUAUUAAAACAUGAAUAUCUGAGGGUAGAGUGCUUCAUAAAUACUGUAUCAUCAGAAGAACAUGAGUGGCAGAUAACAACAGCAGCUUAAGCAAAAGUCCAUUUUGAAUUAUGCUUUUCUAUCUUUUACACAUGUACUGAUUAUAGUAUAAUAUAUUUUUGUAGUAUUUGUUUUUCAUAUGUUCAGGACUUCCCUUUUUUUAAAACAUGACAUCUUUGUGUUGAUGUUUAUUUUAAAGGUUUAUGUUGGCCGUACUUAAUUAUUGUGUGCUGCCCUUGACUCUGCUGUAAUCCUUCCUCAGGUAUGCAGGCUGGUUAGUACAGCCGCUACUGUAUUACAUUUGUUUACGUUUAAACUUUUGUGUGAUUUUUUUUUCUUUUUUUUAAUACAUUUUUUUGUUUUGUUUACAGCAGUGUAGGAAGGUAAGCUGAGUUUUGAGUUAAAUUACUGUUUGCUUAAGUGAUUGGAAACAGCAGCCAGAGUCAUUGUGUCUGUUAUUUUGUCUCAGGAAGAUCCUUUAGUGUCAACAGUCUCAUCAUGUUUGGUAUAGUGUUACACAUUAUUAAAAAAAGUGCAGGCUGUCUUUGAUAAGCUAGUGUCGGCAUUCCUAAAACUCAAACCAGUGCUAAACCUGAAUGUGAAGCCUCGUUGGUUUUUGCUGUAUUUUUUUCUCUCUCACUCUCUCACACGCAAAGAUGUAUUUGUGAGAAAAUAAAUCAUGAUGCAAUGAAUUUUCUUUCU